AUGAUACGGGAUUCUGGAGCAAGGGUGUUGGAGAAAGUUGAUCUUAAUGAUCAAACAAAUGAUAAUAGAAUGAGUUCUCAAAGAAAGGAUUUCUUACACGAAGUGAAGGACUUGAAAGUUGUCAUGAGAGAAACGCAUGUUUUGUAUGUUCAAGAAGUAAAGAAAGUUCGUGAAGAUGUUAAUCAACAAAUUGCAGAACUUCGGGAAGAUAUGCAGAAGGAAGUUCAGGUUGUACAACAAGAUUAUGCAUCCAUCAAUCAAAAAGUUGACAUUAUCUAUAAUGCUGUCACUAGAUUUGUCAAGCUAUAUGAAACAAUGAAUCCUCAAGUCAUUAAUCUUUCUGAACAGGCUGCAAAACAUUUUGAUGAAUUGGUUACUUUGUUAAAGGAACUGAAGGAGUUAUCAGUCAAACCAGUGUCAUCCUCUCUCAUUACUCCGUAA